GAACGACUAACUUCAAAAAGCGGAUGACAGCCAUGAUUCCGAGUGUACCGCCGAAGCGGAGGCUCUUAUCACUGUGGAAAGAUAACUCUGCUCAACACCAACGUGACUGUGCUGUUAUCGGUAGAACCGCACAAAUUCCCGACAGACAUACGGUAGUAGACAUACCACCAUCAGAAGCAAUUAAUUAGUGACCAGAUCUAGUACUCUUUGCGAUCGAAAAAGGAAUGUGAACGCCGAAAAUUUUCCCGGUAGAACAAGAAAGGCAAAAUGGCAACCGCUAGAACAAGGGUCAAGUUUAAUAAAACGUCGUGUUAUUUCUGCAAUGAAUGGUUUGAAAACGAUGAAAUUGAGGCACAUCUAACCGUAUGUGGUCAGACAUUGGGCAAAUGUCCUAACAACUGUGGAUCGUACAUAACCAGGCGGGACAUGGACCGACAUCUUAAUCGUUGCCCGGAAGGGUUCGGAGAAGAACCACGGCUCUCUAACGGGACCGACGCGGAUAGUGUCACAAAUGAACUGGAAAAGAUUCAUGAAUUGGAGCAGGAGAUUUUAACCCUCCGUGGCAGUUUGAACGAAGAGAUUAGCCAACGGUUAGACCUGAUUUCCGACAUCGGUCAGCUGAAGAAACGGACUCAGCUGGCCGAUGAAUGGACCGGCAAAGUGGGAGAUGUGCUGAACGCCUUGAAGAAGUGCAUCAACGAAGAAACGGAUAGUCGAUGUGUGGAUAUCGAACGCUGUAAGAUUGACAUCAAUGGGCUACUAAAACAGUAUAAGGAAAUAGAAUCGUGGCGAUUGGAACUUACCUCUCGGUUCAAUCAAAUGGAAGACAGAAUGAGAAAAGUUUCGUUAGUUCUACGUCAAUCACAACAGCCAACGGCGGUGGAAGAGACCAAGCACAAAGAUGCUAAAUUGGUGAUGAUUGAAAGUCGCCUGAAUCACGUGCAAUCGGAGUUGGAAAAUUUGACUUUACGGCAAGCGCCGCCGGACGAACAGCGCAAACGUGCGGAUGGCAACACUGCCGAUAGUGGGCAGAUGCUGGCUGCCAUCGAAGAGAUCGAAAGCAAACUGCAAACCGUCGAUAUGGUGCUGGAGGAUCAUCACGACUCUAUUCGUAUCUUCCAGCAGGACAUCAAACAGCAGGUGUCGGAGUUGCGCGGUGAGUCGGACCCGAUGCGAAUGGUCAUCCAGGAGAUGCUGGACAAACAGGCCAAGCUGGACUACGAGCUGAAGGGUGUUCUGAACACCGUCAACGAGACGGAAGAUGCGAGCGAUCGGACGCAGAAGACACUGGAAAAGUAUCGUCGCGAGACGUACUAUACGAAGCAGUGUCUGGACGAUCUGCAGGUCCAUUUGCAGCACCAGGACAAACUGGUCGUGAUUCAGAACACCGACGGUCAUCUGAUCUGGCGGAUUGAUCAGUUUGACAAGCGCUUCAAGGAAUCCCAGGAAACGGAAGUGAUGCUGAAAAGUCCGCUGUUUUGCGAUAAACCAUUCGGCUAUACGCUGAGGCUGGAGGUCAGUCUCAACGGUAUCGGUACCUGGCGGGGACGCAACCUGAUCGUGGGACUCAUCGUGGUCUCCGGUUAUUACGACAAUCUGCUCGAGUGGCCCUGUACAAUUCGCGGUACUGUUACGCUGCGGGAUCAACCGGAGGAUCGGUCAACGGGGGUGGUGGUGGUGGACUUCAGUAAAGGUAUCUUCGCACGGCGCAAGAAUCAGCACUACGAGAAGAACCAGUACGUUCACAUACCGCACCAGGUGUUACGGUCCGAGCACUACAUCCGGGAUGACAGCAUUUUCUUGGAAGUUCGGAUCGAUCGACAGUAAUGGCGGAUGGCGAGCUACGAUUCAUAGUUCAAUUUAUUUUGUUCAGUGUGUUUUUUUUGUUGGUUCAUGUAGAUGUGUUUGUGUGCCUUCGAAUGUAGAAUAUCUUAAUUAAGGUAACAAAUUACGUUCCUGCUAGUAGAUUAAUAGAGAAAAAUCCUUUUCAUAUACUUUAAAAUUUCAACAAGAUGAAUAUAUCCUUUAUUUUGUUUUUUUUUUGGUUUUUGGUGUUGAUAUUCACACGCUAGCUAGGUUGUGUGAACUGUUUAAGAGUAAAUAAAGCUUGUUCAUUUAGCUGCCGUUGUGCCAUGGAAUUACUUCAGAGAUCAGCGAUGAGAAGAAAAAAA